AUGGGCAGCGACUCCGUUGCUGACUGGUGUCUUCGUCGUCGUUACGUCGGUCUUCGUCAGGGUCGUUGUUUUGAUGCUAUGCCCCCUCCCCGUCUGGCAGAGGGCGAGGAGCAGGUUCUGAUCGCAGUUUGCCUCAGUUUCCCAACAGCCUGCGCGGCCCUUGGUAGCGGGGGCGACGACCUAACCGGUAUGAUUUUCGAUGGCGUCAGUACCACGAGUGGCAGGUAG